AAUUUUAUUAGUAAACUUUCCAUUUAAUUAUUCUUCAGCGAGUUUGCCAUCCAAUUCUGCUUACGUUGAGACCGAUUUACUGAAAAUAAAAAUCGAUGGCCUUAAGUGACAUCAAUAUAAUUCAUCCACAAUUAAACAUGUAUCGUUUUAUUGUUGUUUGAAUGAUUUAAAUUGGCCAAUCGAAAUCGAAAUCGAGUGAAUAGAUUGACGGAAGAGAGUGUGCACUAAUUGCUAAGUAAAGAAAUAGACAAGGACAGUAAGAGAUUAGUGCGUUUGUGUUUUAAAGCCACACAAAAAAAAAACAUAUAAACAUCAUGUCUCAGCCAAACACUCCGGCACUCCAACCAACUUAUAUGAAAGUGUUCAUUCAAAGAGAUUACAGUGACGGUACAUCGGUCAAAUUCCAAACAAGAUUCCCACCUGAAUUGGAAGGCAGAAUAGAACGACAACAGUUUGAAGUAACAAUCAACAAACUCAAUGAAUACUUUGCUGAGGCUGAAAAGGGAUCUUGCAGCACAUACUGUGAAGGAUGUCUGGCAUGUAUCACCGCCUACUUAGUUUAUUUGUGCACAGAAACGCACUAUGAAAAGUGCAUUCGAAAAAUUUCCAAGUACAUUAACCAACAGAACGAACGAAUUUACAACCCAAAAGGCUUACAAAUAACAGAUCCAACAUGCCGUGGUUUACGUGUUAUAGAAAUAUCAAUACUUGAUCGCCCGGGCAGAACUUGACUGCCAAUAUCGCAUUCAACCGAAGAAUUUUUUAUGUAAACUUCCUACAAAACAUAUUUUUAAAAAAAAUUGCAAUUUAUAUUACACCACACAAGGCAAACAAAUCAAAACAAAAACAAAUUAAGUCAUCAUUUAAACAAACUAAUGUAAAGUAAUAUGUCAUAUUUCAGACAUUGUAUUGAGACAUUUUCAGGCAAUUGAUUCAGCUCAGGAGGCGAACGUCAGGCGCUGAAAUGGAGUGAAAACAAUAGAAGUGAUUGUUAUGGUUAUAAAAACACCUACAAUCGCGCUUGACGUUAGUUCUCUGAGCUGACUCAUCUGGCUGAAAAUCUCCCAACAUAAUGCGUGAUGUAAAAUUCAUUAAAAAAAAGUAUUUAAAACGAUAAAAAAGCCGCCUUAUGGAAAACAAAUACCCCACAUACACACAGUUCGAAAUCAAUUGUUUUGUCUCUAUUUUGUUACUCAUCAUAAAUUUUGAUUUAAAUUAUCAUUUGUCUAAUAAAACAAAAUGGAACAGUACAUUUGAUUGUUUGGAUCUGUGCAUAUAAAAUAAAAUUCGAAAUAAAUAAAACAAAUGUUAUAGUUAAGUUCAAA